AUGAGUGAUAUAACAUUUACAGAAGAAGAAAUCAAUGCAGAAAUGAAUAACAUAUCAGAUGAAGAGGUUCUUGAACAAAUUAAUAAAGAAAUUCAAGAAGGAAUGCACAAAAAACUAGAAGACAAAAAAUACAAAGAGAAUUUAGAGCGCCUGAAUAAAAUUUUGAUGAAUUUAGACAAAUGGAAAACUUUAAUUACCAGUCAACUCCAAAAAUAUUCCGAGAUUGUUGAUAGCUCAAAAUCUAAGAAUCCUAAUAUUAAAAGUGAAGUUACAUCAGAUAUGUUAAGGGAAUCCAUUAAUGAUAAACAAAGAUUUAUAGAUUUAAUUCAACAAUUUGAAGACUCAGUGAAAAAUAGCACUGCAAACUAA